AUGCUCACGGAACUCGUGAUUGGAAACAUGAACACAGGAAAGCAAUACAAGCCAGUUGAUAUGGAGCUCAGCGCCGCCAAGAAGUAUACUCCAAUGACUCGUGUUCGAUACGAGCAACCGCACCCACAUGGCGUCUGCGCUGACCCAAAUUGGUACAAGAGUAUGGAGUAUGGAGUGUGUUGA